GUACCUCAGCCGUAUAUAUAAACCCGCAGCGCUUCUCAGCAGGGAGAGGGAGAGAGAAAGAGCUCUCGAGUUCACAAAGAAUCAAACCAAAGCUGCUGCUGGACAGACUCGGGCAACAGGGAGACGUGUUUAUAUCCACAGGCUACUUUAUCAUCUCAGAGAAGAUUCUGCAAAAGGAAAAAAAAAACCUCUCACAAUAUCCCAGCCAUCAAUCAUGAAUGAAAACUGCUUGGCUGUCAACAUUCUGCUCUUGUAUAUAUCCUGUGGAGCAAGUGCACUGGCAGCCUUCAGUCCCACUGCCUCUUCAUCUCUGCCAGCAACCAAUUUCACUGAUAUUGGCUCUGUGCCUUCAAAAUAUCUCACAGAGGCCACAAACCUCCCCAAAUCCAGACGGAAACGUUAUAUUUCCCAGAACGAUAUGCUUACUAUACUUGAUUACCAUAAUAAAGUCAGAGGGAAAGUUUUUCCCCCAGCCUCAAACAUGGAAUAUUUGGUCUGGGAUGACACUCUUGCAAAGACAGCUGAGCAGUGGGCGUCCACGUGUAUUUGGGAGCAUGGUCCUCGCAGUCUUCUUAGAUUUCUGGGUCAGAACCUUUCAGUCCGAACAGGAAGAUACAGGUCCAUUUUACAGCUGGUAAAGCCCUGGUAUGAUGAAGUGAAGGACUAUUCUUUUCCCUAUCCUCGAGACUGCAAUCCCAGAUGUCCCCUUAAGUGCUCUGGGCCUAUGUGCACUCAUUAUACACAAAUGGUGUGGGCAACCUCAAAUAAAGUAGGAUGUGCAAUCAACACAUGUCAUAAUAUGAAUGUUUGGGGUUCUGUAUGGAAGAGGGCAACAUACUUGGUGUGCAACUAUUCUCCAAAGGGGAACUGGAUUGGUGAGGCCCCAUAUAAAGUAGGUGUCCCUUGCUCCAUGUGCCCUCCGAGCUAUGGAGGAUCAUGCAGUAACAACAUGUGCUUUCCUGCUGUGAACUCAAAUUAUCUGCACUGGUUCAAAUAAACACAGACAGACAGAAUGCACAUGCCCCAUCGCAUAGACACUGUCCCUAAUGGGAAUUUGCACAACAUUCCUGUAUCACCCUGUUUUAUUUUUUAUAUAUAUGGGUCAUAUAGGACCAUGGGUUGCAAGGCAGCAAUUUUUUAAAAGACAUGUAAAUAACUUAUUUUUCAAUGUCUAUACCAUGUAUUGAUAAUUAUAUUGUUUUGUGUAUAAACCCAAUGGUUUAUUUCCUGA